AUGUCGCGAAACUCGCUGGAAUUUGGACCGCUUCAGGCAGAGCAACCGAGUCGGCGACUCGUUCAGUGAUCGAGCGGAAUCGCCGUCCCAGGAAUCGGUCAAGGAUGAGUGCCACGGUCUUGAUCCGUACCGGCUCCUUCCUCGCGUCUCCGAGGACGGACGGAUUCCACGACUCCGGCGCCGGGGACUCGUUCCUGCGGCGGAGUGCCAGCUCCUUGUUUUCUCCGCGGCACCGGUGCGCCGCUGCGAUCCACAUCGAAGCAGAGGGCGGCAAGAAGGGGCCUCUUCUUCGGCGAGCCAGAUCCGAGGGCGAUCUCGUCGGAUCUAACCUCUCCCCGCUCACGGGGACCCACGCCCCGGUCCCGGAGAAGGUGGCGGAGGAAGAGGAUCUGGAGGUGAAGUGGUGCGAUAUCGGAGUCUCAGUGCCGGCUGGGCAAGUGGAACAGACGGAGUACGCCGGAGGCGGGACCGGAAAAGGGAAGAAUGUCGCCUUAGGGAAGGGCGACGGCGAUCGUGACGACAACAGAAAGGUCGCGGAGUACUACCAGCAGAUGUUGCAGACAGACCCUUCCAAUCCGCUCCUCUUGAGGAACUACGGGAGAUUCCUUCACGAGGUUGAGGGCGAUGCGGUGCGCGCCGAAGAGUGCUACGGACGGGCGAUCCUGGCGAGCCCCGGCGACGGCGAGCUGUUAUCUAUGUACGGGAAUCUGGUUUGGGAAACGCACAGAGACGAGGAGAGGGCGAAAACCUACUUCGACCGCGCGGUCAAGGCUUCGCCAGACGACUGCUACGUGCUGGGUUCUUACGCGCGCUUCCUGUGGGACGCCGCCGAGGAGGGCGAAGACGAAUCACCGGCGGCGGCCGCCUCAUCCUCGGCGUUGGUGGAAGCUUUCUGAAACAGAAUGUACAAAAACAAUAACGACGCUGUCAAUAUCCCAUCUACUCGAUGCCAUGAUUCUAAGAAUAAAUCACGAUAAGCAAAGACAUCGACAGCAGGGGAAUGGAGAUCACAAGUCUACUGUUCUUGAUUUUUGGUAUAGGGGGACGACGGGUGACUGAAAGAGAGUUGUCUGAUGCCUUCUUUCUGAUUGGACUCCCCAGCAUCUGAGUGUCAAACUUUCAGUGGAGAGAGGCUCGGUGAUAGAGAACUGUAGUUGUUGUCUUCUUUCUUGUUGGAUCCUUCUGCAUCUCCGUGUCGAACUGUAAGUGGACUAGGGUUGUGACCAAUGACCAUCGUUGAGAACUUUUUUUGUUUUGUUUGUUUGUUUCAAUGGAAUUUCUCAAGUAAGAAAAAGUAUCGAUUUGAUCGUGUAA